AUGGCAAUAAUCGAAUUGGCUCACAUCAGCCUAAAGAAUGGCCUCACCGCAUCCGAUCCUACACUGAAGAAGAACCUCCAAGAAGUCAAGAGAGUAAUUGAAGAGUACAGCAAGCUUCAGACUCUAUUCUACACCCGCAUCGAUGACCCGACCAACAUGUUUGUCAUCGGCGCGUGGGAAAGCAAGGACCAACAUCAGCACGGAUUCAAUGGCUCACCUCAACAAGACGAGAUUCUCGACCUGAUCAAGGACCAAAUGGGCAUCGAUUGGAUGCACUACAUGAACGUCGAACCGUCUCGGAUUCCGCUGAAUGCACCCGUACUAGUGAUCCUGAAGACGGUCCACAACAGGGAUGUACACAAGCUGGCGUUUGACAACGAGUUUGCGGCAGGCACCUCGACCAUGGGAGGAGCCAGGCACGGCGCUGUCUCGGCGUGGAAUAUACCAAAGGACGACAAAGAGCAUGUCGUUCGGGUGCACUUUGCGGGAUGGGACAACGUCGACGAAGCGAUGGAGGCAGUGAGCACUGCUAUCGCCCAUACGAAGAGGCCCAGACAGCAGCCGUUGGAGGUCAGCUUUUUCUUCACCGAGAGGACGGGACUGGAUUAA